UCCUGAGUGCUGCCUCAUGGCCCUGCCCAGAAGCCAAGGGCUUCAUUAGUCCUCCAAGCUUAUCAAGGAGCCACAGCUGUUGACGGAGCUGCCAGUCCUCUCUCCAUUUGCCCUGCACCACAGCGCCAUGGGGAACUGCCUGAACCAGGUAAAGCCUUCCUUUUCCCCGGACAAGAAUGGAAGUCUGUUGGAUCUUACAGACUAUCAGUGGAAUUAUUCCUCCGGUGAGAAUACCAGCUAUGCAUCCUUGGAAGACUACAGCUUUCUGGACGCUGCUGCCCCCUGCCACUCCUGUAACCUGCUGGACGACUCCUCGUUGCCCUUCUUUAUCCUCUGCAGUGUCCUGGGUGUCCUGGGCAGUGGUGCUUUCCUCUUUGGGCUACUUAGACCUCUCUUCUCCUGGCAGCUCUGUCCAGCCUGGCCUUUCCUGGCCCAGAUGGCUGUAGCAAGUGGCCUCUUCAGCAUUGCAGUGCCCAUCCUGGCACCAGGGCUAACUAGUCCCCAGAGCACUAUCUUAUGCCACCUGGGCUACUGGGUCUCGUACAGCUCAGCCUUUGCUCAGGCUCUGCUGAUAGAGUGCCAUGCCUGCCUGGGCCCCAAACUGUGCACAGACCAGAUCCCAGGCCUCACCCUGGGGCUCACUAUAGGACUUUGGGGAGUGGCUGCCCUAUUAGGGUUACCAGUCACCCUUGCCAGCGACACAUCUCUGGGACCCUGCACCCUGUCCUACAGCAGGGGCCUGGGUGCUCUACGGUCCACUCAUGUCAUGGCCUGUUUUGCCAUCUUCAGCUUGUUGCCCCUGAGUUUGUUAGGAGCCAAGGGACUGAAGAAGGCACUGGGAAAGGGUCCAGGCCCCUGGGUUAACAUCCUGUGGGUGUGGUUCAUUUUCUGGUGGCCUCAUGGAGUGAUUCUGGGGUUUGACUCCCUCGUAAGAGCCAAAGUCUUACUGUUGCCAACAUGUCUGGCCCAGCGCACUCUGGAUCUGGUGCUGGACCUGGCCGAAGCACUGGCCAUGUUGCACUGUGUGGCUACCCCUCCUCUCCUGGCCCUGUUCUUCCACCGAGCCACAAAGCCUCCCUUUCCUUCCCUGCCCCACUCUGCAGGACAAUCUUCUCACCUGGACAAUGUUGGAAGCAAAACCUAGCACUCCUCCCACGUGUUGACCUGAAGUAAAGUCUAUACUGCUUCAAUAAAGUGGAUGAUAUCUUAUUUUGUUUGAGGAUGA